AUGUCUCGAAUUACUCCCAGUUUGGUAUUUCUCGCUCUGCUUAUAACAAUAUAUUUCACGAAACCAAGCAACAACGACCAUUGGAUCGAGUUGGAUUCCACAAUUGCUUCUCUCGAUCUGGAAUCGAUUCAAAAGUCAUCACAGAUCAAACAAACCGAACCACGAAAUCAAAUUGAAGUCGAUGAUCAACCUUUCACCUCGUCCAUCGAUUCUGACAGGGUCAACAGGCAUUUCAAUGGUAUAAUCUAUUCUUUGGAUUUCCUACGUACGUACAAGAUAGUAUUUGUGACCAAAGAGAUUCCUGAAAUUGACUUUGUUCACAGUGAAGAUGGGGCAUAUACGAAGGAUGAAAAAUAUCAGGUUAAGGUUUACAGAAUUAGAAGAGUGUUUCCGAGAUUGAAAAACUUGGUGAGAAAUUUAGCUAGAAGAUGGGGAUAA